GGGAGACUGACCCCAUCAGAACACAAGCUGUGAGAGAGAGAGAGAGAGAAUUCACACAGUGGUUGUGAAGUGUAAAGUAUAUACACAAAAAUCAACCCACCACGAAACCCCUUCCCUUUCGCUUUCUCUCUCUAAAACUGAUCAAAAACCCCAUUCCCACUCUCUCUCUCUCUCCUGCACUUUCUUUAUACAUACAUACAUAAUCAUCCGUACAUACAUAUACAAACACACACACACACAUAUAUAUUUGUUUAUAAUUAUAUACAUAUAUACAUAUAGUGUGUAAAUUGUGUAUAGGUAAGUAAUAGGCGUGGUUGUUUUAGGAGGGAGGAGGAAAAUGGAGAGGCAUAGUGGGACCCAGGCAAUGGAGGGAGCAGGCGGCGUGGUUUCGGCGGCGGAGACGGGGCUCGAAGAGCCUCUGUGGCAGUUGUCGCUCAGUGGUGGUGGGCCCGAAUCCUACCCCGAGCGCCCUAACGACGCCGAUUGUAUCUAUUACUUGCGGACUGGCUUGUGCGGCUAUGGCGCUCGCUGUCGGUUCAACCAUCCCCGUGACCGUAGCUUGGCUGUGCGAGCUAUGAGGGCUAGUGGAGGGGAGUAUCCAGAGAGAGUGGGUCAGCCGCUUUGUCAGUACUAUAUGAAGACGGGAAUGUGUAAAUUUGGUGCUUCUUGCAAGUAUCACCACCCAAGGCAGGGAGGUGGAUCAACCCUAGUGAUGAUGAAUAUAUAUGGAUACCCAUUGCGACCGGGUGAAAAGGAAUGUUCAUACUAUAUGAAAACAGGGCAGUGCAAAUUUGGGGUCACCUGUAAAUUUCAUCAUCCGCAGCCCGCUGGUGCAGAAAUGCCAGCACCAACUGCUGCGCCUGGACCGUUGCCAACAGCAGCAGCUGUUGCCGCACCGUCCAUUUAUCCAGCAGUGCAGUCUCCCUCUGCUCAAUCAUCUCAACAAUUUGGAGUAAUGGCUGGCAACUGGUCAAUUGCAAGGCCUGCACUGCUUCAUGGCUCGUAUAUGCCCGGAGCUUAUAGCCCUAUGUUGUUUCCCCCAGGGGUAGUUCCAGUUCCAGGGGGUUGGACUCCUUAUCCGGCACCUGUUAGUCCAGCAGCUUCCCCCAGUACUCAGUCUGCUGCUGGAGCUGGACAAUUUUAUGGCCUAACACCAUUAUCUCCUUCAGCGCCUCCCUAUUCAGGAGUUUAUAUGUAUGCCGGUUCUGCCACUGGUCCUUCACGGAUCAGUCAGAGAGAACAUGCAUUUCCUGAAAGACCUGGUGAACCAGAAUGCCAAUAUUACAUGAAGACCGGGGAUUGUAAGUAUGGAUCUUCAUGUAGAUAUCAUCAUCCGCCAGAAUGGAGUGCAUCAAAAGCAAAUUUUGUCCUAAGCCCCAUUGGUCUUCCUCUACGUCCGGAUGCACCGGUUUGCUUACACUAUUCACAAAAUGGGGUAUGCAAAUUUGGACCUACUUGCAAAUUUGACCAUCCUAUGGGAACACUGAGUUAUAGUCCAUCUGCAUCUUCACUUGCCGAUAUGCCUGUUGCUCCCUUCCCUGUUGGAUCUUCUAUGGGCACCUUGGCUCCAUCAUCCUCAUCUUCAGACUUAAGGCCCAAUCUUACCACUGGAUCCAACCAGGAAGCCUUCUCUACCCAGAUAUCGUCCAUGAACACUUCUAGUGGUGCAGUUGGUUCAAUAUUUUCAGUGACCGGUCCCGCUCCCCAUCCCGGUCUUCAGCAGUCUGGACAGAGUUAUUCUGCGAGUGGGAGCAGUAGUAUGGGUCAUGGAGGUGAGGUUCACACAUCAAGCUAAAAGAUUGAGUGAUCACAUUUUUUUCAUUGCUCAAUGAUAAUUAUGCAGAAUUAUUUUUGGUGGUAGUCCAGUCAUAGGAAGCUCUUCUUGUCUUGAUCAUCACAAUUUUCACUCCACCCCGACCUAGGAGUCUAGCACACUAUACCUCUGUUCAUCAGUUCUCAUAAAAUCAUUAUAUCGCAAUCAAACCCCAUUGUCAAUAAGUGAACUCCAUUCAUCAAAGACCCCAAAAAAACCUUCAAUAACCCAAAAAGACGCCCCACUUUCGAUUUAGUAGUCUGUAUUUGUGCCCAAUUUUGGAGCUUCCUUGUGUUUAUUUAUGUUGUAGUCAUUUAAAUUAGGGACCAAAAAGAUUCCUCCUACUCCGUUGUUCUCCCUUUUACAUUCAUUCACCUCCCUCAGGAAUUGGGACCUGACUAAUUAGGAGUGAAUUUCAAAGUCUCCUUUUUGUCUGGAGCUCUUCUAGCGGGAAAAAAAAACAGAUGAUUCCGAGAACAACAAGCAAGGCAAGUGUCUGUUUAUGCUGAAUUUUAUGUGAUAAGAUCAAUACUUGUCAUGUUGAUAUAUGAAUUACUCAGGACCUGGUAAAUUACCAUCAUAUACACAUUUCAUACCGUAACUUUUUAAGAAAUGCCUUUUUUAUUUUUAUCCAUUUA